CGUCCCCGCCCCAGCAGUCGCCGCCAUGGAGGACGAGCUGAAGCGAGCGCUCGGCACGGCCGUGCUGCGGCCGACCGGGCACACGGGGGCUGGCUGCAUCAGCCAGGGCCAGAGCUACGACACGGACCACGGCCGGGUGUUCGUGAAGAGCAGCUCUCGGUCGGAGGCCAGAAGAAUGUUUGAGGGAGAAAUGGCAAGUCUGGAAGCCAUCUGGAAAACACAGGUGAUAAAAGUGCCCAAACCUAUCAAAGUUAUAGACCUGCCUGGGGGCAGUACUGCGUUUGCGAUGGAACAUUUGGAAAUGAGGGGCUUGAACAGACAUUCAGCACUGCUUGGAACUCAGCUGGCUGAUCUUCACCUUCAUAACCAGAAACUUGGAGAGAAGCUGAAGAGAGAAGGGAGCACAGUUGGUAAAGGUCAAGGGCAAAUGGAAGUCCAGUUUGUGGAUCAGUUUGGCUUUCAUACAGUUACCUGCUGUGGUUAUCUUCCACAGGUGAAUGAUUGGCAGAGUGACUGGGUGACCUUCUUUGCCAGACAAAGGAUCCAGCCCCAGAUGGACAUGGUCGAAAAGGAAUCAGGUGACAGAGAAGCAAGAGAACUUUGGGCACAGCUUCAGCUGAAGAUACCCAGUUUUUUCUGUGAUGUUGAAAUCAUUCCUGCUCUCCUGCACGGGGAUCUCUGGGGAGGAAAUGUAGCUGAGGAUGAUUCUGGUCCGAUUAUCUUCGAUCCGGCUUCUUUCUAUGGCCAUGCAGAGUACGAGCUUGCAAUAGCUGGGAUGUUUGGUGGCUUCAGCAGUUCUUUUUAUUCUGCUUAUCAUGGUAAAAUUCCCAAAGCUGCAGGAUUUGAGAAACGCCUGAAGCUUUAUCAGCUGUUCCACUACAUGAACCACUGGAACCACUUUGGUUCAGGAUACAGAGGGUCUUCUUUAAAUAUUAUGAGAAAUCUUGUAAAGUAACUUGCUGCUUAAGCCGAAUACUUCCCAUGUUGUUUGGAGAGGCCCAUACUUGGUGGUGCAGCUGCAGGAGUAGUAUUGUUAAAAACAAUUGAGAGACCUAUGAGACCCUUGACCUUGUUAAAGACCUAGAACCCGCGACUUCUGCUGAAUACCAAGUGUAAAACAGUCAUCUCUUUUUCGCUGGGGAUAGCUCCACAAGGGAAAAAUCUAAGGAAGGAGUUUAUUCAUUUGCACAGUGAAUAAAGGCCUCAGUGUCCAGAAAGCAUGUGAGACUGUGCAGGGUAGUACAAAUAAACACUGAGGAGAUACCUAAAAGAAGUUGCUUUGCAGCAUUUUGCUGUGUCUUCCUCCCUCUUUCAGCUCUUCAUGUCCAGUUGUGUGCAUGAGAGCAAUGUUAACAACAGAGCUUGAAAGUCAGCAGGAAAAUUACGUAACAGGAACUGUUGGAAGGGAUUUGGAUUUGCCAAUAAUUUUCACAGAAUCAGAGUGCGUGAGGUGGGAGAGAUCACAGAAUGUCAGCUAGACCAACCUCCCUGCCUAAGCAGAUUGCACAGGAUUGGGUCCAGAGGCUUUUAAAGACUUCCAGGGCUUUGCUGAUUGACUCCAUUGGAUGCAGGCUGUUGGUGCCUCCGGGAAUGCUUGUAGGCUGUUCUGUGCUUUCUGGUCAGUGGACUUUUAUCCACGGCAAUUUUGCUUCCACCAGAACUAGUUUCUUCCUUUUUUGUGUAACACUUUUGUCCAGUAGUGUGCAUUCUUAGAGAACUUUCCAGAUAAGACACUUUUCAUGUACACACCUUGUGGAGGUGUAUUCUCUAGUGAAAUAAAAUCUGCACAUGCUUCACAUGUGUGACUAAAGUCACUCAAAAUCCACCUAAUCAUGAAAUGACAUCAGCAGGAAACUUUGUGUUUUCCACACAUCAAAGAAAACCAUGAAAAUAUAACUUAAAGGGGGAGGGAGGUCAGGAGAGACUCCUUCUGGGAUGGCUCACAGGCUGUAACCCUCUGCUUUUCCACAGGAGUUCCUGUCAGGUAAUUUUAUUCCAAGGGGAUAGAACUGCUUGUGCUUUCUGAUACCAGUGUGUUUAACAAUAGUUUAUCAACCUUAUUCUGGUUGAUAAGGUUGAUAAACUACUGUUCACAAGGAUCAGUAAAACAUAAUGUUUUAUGUCACUAGGACCAUGAAUGUCCCCAGUGUCAAGGCUGCUCCAUUUGUACAUCUCUGCUUGUGAGAGUUCUAGUGCAGACUUAAAGUGCUGCACUGUACACUCUAAAAUACCAUCUCUGAAGGUCUCCCAGGCACUCAAACAGGCUAAGGAGGGGAGGAUGUAGGCACCUCUGGGCUCACUACAUCUCUGCAUAACCUGGAAAGCAAGGGAGUCUUCCUUUCCUAAACUCUCACAUGACAGUCCCAACUAAAUGCAUGCUGUAUCUGCUGUGGUAAGAGAUGUGAAACCGAAGGAAGCUAACUCAAAGAACAGCACUUCACUGGUGUCAGAAGUCCUUGAUGAUAGUUCCACAGAGUGUGGCCUUUGCCUGCAAGGAGUUAAUACUGAAAUUGUACUCUUUUUGAUGUAGGCUAGUGGUGGUGCUUCUGUGCAAGCCUGCCAGGUAGGUGAGAGAGAUGCAUGAUUGUAGCAUGCACUUUGAGUGUUGGGGAAUGACUUUUUUUAACUAAAACUGCUUUGCACGUGAUAUUGCCAGAUUACCCAGGGUUUUAUAGUUGCUAGUUUGGCAGUUACUUCCCCAAACUGGAAACAAGUUUGGAGAAGACUGGUAUUUGCUACAACUUUCCUUAAUUCUAGUACUUUUCUCACUGGCUGUUUGACUUUUGCUGCACAAGAUCUGCUUGGUAGAAUAGGUUUUACUUCUAUCUUGUUGCCUGAAUAAAAAGUUUCCCAGUUGA